UCUCUUUCUCUCGUUCUUAAUUCUACUUUAUCAUCACAAUAAUGGGAAACACAUCUUCAUGCGCACCAUUGAUCACAUCAUCAGGAGUAGUCAAAAUCUUAUCUCCUUUCACCGGAACGCUCGACGUUUUCCCAAAGCCCAUCAAAACUUCAGAUAUCGUCUCUCAAAACUCAGGUCAAUUUAUCACGGACUCGACACUCCUCCAAAUAGGCCACCGAGUCACCGCCGUUUCUCCUGACGAGUUGUUGCGGCCGAGACGACAUCUCUACCUUCUCCUUCCGACAGACAUGCUCUUCUCUGUCUUAACACACGAAGAACUCGCUCUCAUCUCCGAGAAAGCAGCAGAGAUACUCAAAGAAAGUCGGUAUAACCAUUUGAAGAGAGUAUUCCCUGUUUGUAUGUUUCCAGUGUCGGGAGACAGAAGAAGAAACUCAUCAUCGAGUAAUGAAGAUGAUCAUCAUCAUCAUGGUGUGGAAAUAAGAGACACUCUUGAAGAGAAGGUGCUAUGCGAAUUGAACUAUGGAUCUUGGAGACCUGGAUUGGAGACGAUCGUCGAGAGCUAAUGAGUAAAAUCUCGAGGA